UGGGAGGCGGCUGCCUUUGUGGGCGGGGGAAGCGGGGCUGGGUGCAUCCCCGUCACAAGGCCGGGCCACUGUAAACACCGCUGUUUGCCGCGGAGGUGCUCGGCGAUGGGCGAGGAUCUGGUGCUCGCCUUGGGAGGCCUGAGCCUCCAGCCCCGCGCGCAAGGCAGGGCCCCUCCUCGCAGGCGCCGCUUCAGCAGAAGCCUUUACUUGCUACGAGGCCUGCCCGGCUCCGGGAAAACUACCCUGGCCAGGCAAUUGAAGCAUCAGUUUCCCAGUGCAGUGAUUUUCAGCACUGAUGACUACUUUUUCACAGAGGAUGGCGAUUACAUAUUUGAUCCUGAUUGUCUGGAAGAUGCGCACAAGUGGAACCAGAAAAGAGGUAGAAAAGCAAUGAAGAAUGGGAAAUCCCCCGUUAUUAUUGAUAAUACCAACAUCCACGCUUGGGAAAUGAAGCCAUAUGUGAUAAUGGCACUUGAAAACAGUUACGAAGUUAUAUUUCGAGAGCCAAAUACACGCUGGAAAUUCAAUGUUCGUGAACUAGCAAGACAUAAUAGCCAUGGUGUUCCAAGAGAAAAGAUACAGCGGAUGAAAGAACAAUAUGAACAUGAUGUUACUUUUCAUACUGUGCUUCACUGUGAAUAACCAACUAGUUCUGUCAAUAGACCACAUGGAGUUCGCAACACCCGAGACUUUCCCAAUCCAAAUUCAGCAUUCUCCAACAGAUGAGCUCACACCCACUAUUACAAAUUAAAGAUAAUUUAGUAGGAGAAGUGAUCCCCACAGGGUCUUUUAGUGUUUCUGCCAAGCUGUAUAUGAUUUUGUUUUACGUUUUUAGCUAUUUUGUACUAUAAAUACUUGUAUUUUUCUACUGAAUGAGAUUGACGUUUUAAUUACCUAUUCUUUUCAAAUCUUAAAAAAUUAUCUUCUCUAAUCCAAGCUACACUUCCAGACCAAAGAGUAAAUUAUGUGUACUCAUAAUAUUCUUCCCAUAAUUCUUCCCUCUCUCACAUAUACUUUAUCUCUAUUUAAAGUUAUUUUUCUGGCUACAGCUAUUCUAUGUCCUGCAUAAACAUUUUGGACAGGUUUCCCCACUAAGGAUGGUGUACUGGCAAAGCACCCCAGUAACUGUCAGCAAAUACUCCAAUACCUGUAAAAGUAUUUCUGCAAGCCAACACGCUCAUAUACUGCUAUUGGUAAGGGAACAGCACCCGUUCUUACAAUAGGUUGUCGUCAUUUUAAUGCAUUUCUUUUUGAUAAAAGGAGUGUGCAUAAGUGAUACUUCAGAUAAUCACUAUCAGUUCACUAAUAGAUAAUUGUAGAGAAUCUUCAUUCCUGUGAUUUAUUUUUUGCUUAUAUCCUGGUACUGACCAUCAGAUCUAAACAUUAUUUGCAUAUUAAUAUAUAAUGAUAAGCCCUACAUACACACUUUUAAGUUGUCUUAAACCUUGCAGUUAGACAAGGUUCUGCUUAGAGACGGAAUUUUCUGGAACUUUUGAAGCCGUGAGGGGAACUUUUUCCGUUCCUGUGCCCCAAAAGCAGGUUUGGGGGAGAUGAAAUUUAUUCAAUAGUUACUUUCCUAUUUUGCUGCUUUAACAAAAGAAAAAUGGCUUGUCUAUGUGUGAAGCUGUUUGUGUGCCAGCAAAACAGGGAUGGGAGAAAAUGGUGAAGGUUGUUCUUGGUCAAACUCAUGAGUGUCAUUAUCAGGAUCUGUGGGCAAUGCCUUGGACUUAGCUGGUAGCUGCAUAGGCGUGGAAACACCCAGAUUUUAAGUUUUUAGAGAAUUACCCAAAGUUGGAGACCCCCAUUCUUCAGGACCAACUCUGUUUUACAUUCCAUAUUGUGUGCUGUACUUACAGUUCCAUACUGCCAUCAUUUGCCUAUGGUAGCCUCAUUGCCUCUCCACUUCUCACUUUGUAAGCUGUUUAUAUCCUCAUAGUUUUCCUUUGCUGUUGUACCAUUCUGACACUUAUUCAUACUCUAGAUUCUGUCAUGAUUUCUUUUUCUUACGUAACCUAGCAUUCAAGAUUUGUUCAUACAAAACCCAUGAUAAUUUAUAAUCAGCUUUACUUCAUACACAUUAUUGUUGAGUCUCUUCUCAGUGGAACACAACAGUCCUGUUUGUUAGCAGCAUAUUUUAAAAGUGAGUGUACAGGGAAGAUACUGAUGUCUUAGAGAUUAAAACUUAAUGGAAGCAUAAUUUACAGCUUUAUCAACAUUCAGUGCUAACUAUGCUUCUUUUUUGACAUCUAAGCCUCCAAAAUCUUUCUUUUUUGCUCCCCACAUACCUCCACUUCUGCUACGUAUUUGCUAUAUCAGCCUCUAAGCUCCUCAAAGCAGUGCAACUCUUUUUACUGAUGGAAUGAACAAAGGUAAAACAGGGCAAUAAAUAUCUAUCCCAAAUGGCAACGUUAUGUCAAAUGUUUUUAAAUUGCUAGGUUUUUUAAUUGAUGUGACAGAAUAAGUAAAUCUGCUUGCAUUUCUAGAGCAAUUUUCUUAUCAGAUUUGUGUGUUUUGUAUAUUUUUAGCACUAUGUGUUUUAUGACUUGGACACAAAGUGGGAUCUGUUCAUUCCCCCCCCCCCCCAUAUGACUGUGUUUACUGUUUUAAAAUAAACAAGGCAGCCAAUUAUAUUAACUCUUCUGAGCAGUAUACAGACUUCAGAAAAUAAUGUAGCAUGCAAACAUAACAAUUCCAGAAAUCACCUAGAGUAGUUUACUUUGUAACAGCUUAUUUGGUGCUAAUAAAGAAUCAGAAACACUUUCAAA